GAAUUCUAGUAAAACAAACGUAAAGAGUUGGCACUUGGCACACAUUUGUAAACAUAGAGUAAAAUACACUUGAAAUACACGGUUUCAAAAGAUGUAAAAACUUCACUUAAGAAGCCGCGGACUGUUAAAAGUUUUAUUUUAUUUGUAGUCUGGGUUGCUUUGAACAGAGACAGAGCGGUUGCCUUGUCUCCCACAUUGAUUCUGCUUUUAGCGUCAGGUUUUCUCGUCAUUAAUAAAUCUUAAAGAAUGGAAGGUAGACGUCAAGAAAAAGUGGACGCUGGACGAGAAAAGUUUGCUGCGUACCAGAAGAGAAAAAAGAAGUCAGUCCGGCAGCGGGACAGGGUGCAGGGAAAGGAGGAUGAAGCGGGUGGAGAGACGCUUCUGUCUGACACGUCCACUGGAGCUCUAGACAUGUCGCUGUGUUCUUCUUUCUCCAGUGUAUCUGGCCCGUGCGAGACGGGCAGUGACGUCGCGCGGGAGCUCAACGCCAAAGUCAGGGAGCUGGAGGACGUGAUAUCAGGCCAGCAGGCGGCCCUGGAGGCUCUCCGGGGCUCCAGCCGGGAGCAGCAGGCCGAGCACAAGGCCCAGCUGGACAGCUACGUGGCCAGGCUGAGGGAGUACGAGGGGGCCGUGCAGGAGAGGAACGCCGUGAUCGAGCGUCUGACGGCGUCGCUGCACGCGGAGCUGACGACUCGCUGCGCGCUGCAGCAGCAAGGGGACCACCUGGCCCAGGAGGUGUCCCUGCUGGAGCGCCAGCUGCAGGCCACCAGCGAGCUGGUCGAGGGACACCAUUGGGACACGGGCGUGCGUCCCGACCAGUACCUGGCCCUGCAGAACAAGGUGCUGACGCUGGAGGCCUCGCUGCAGUCCGUGGAGGAGCUGAAGGCCCGGCUGGCCGCGGCGGAGGCGGAGCGGGACGACACGGCACACGAGCUCCGCCAGCACAAGAGUCGCUCCGCACAGGAGGUGCAGAGACUCAUGGGCGAGGUGGAGCAGGUGCAGCAGCGCGCGGCGGCCGCUGCAGCGGAGCACGCCCGCAAGCUGGCCGAGACGGAGGAGGGCCUCGGCCUGCAGCUCAGGCUGAAGGAGGAGCACAGGCGCCAUGUGGAGGAGGAGAAGCGCCUACUGCAGGUAGCCUACGAGGAGCUCUCGGUUGUCCACCAGCGGUCGCCUCUGGAGAACGGAGGUCUGGAGGUGGCGUCUCGUCAACUGGACGAUGCACUGCGAGCGAACGCAGACACGAGGGCAGCGAUGGCGGAGGCUCGGAGGCGCUACGAGGAGGAGCUGGCCGCCGUCCGCAAGCAAAGCGAUGAAGAGGCGCGGGCGUUGCAACGCGACGUGGACGAACUGCGGCAGCAACUAGAGCGUGCGGUGUCCGAGAGCCGGCGGCUGUCCGGGGAGCUGGAGCGGGAGAGGGAGGCCCACGCGAGGGACGUGGCCGCCCUGAGCGCGCAGCUGCGUGAGCACGGGCAGGCUUGCCAACUCCAGGAGGAGUCCCACAAGCAGGUGGUCCAGGCGCUGAACGAGCGCUUGAAGGAGGCGGCGCAGGGGGAGGAGAAGACCCCUGACGUGGUCACCGCCCACUUGGAGAGCUUCCGGGCGGACAGACGUCGCUACGAGGAGCGUGUGGAUGCCUUGAACGCUCGCUUGCAGGAGUCCAUGAAGACUGGCGAAGCUCGAGAGAGGCUCCUCGCUGAUAAAGAGGCGGAGCUGGUUGUGCUGAAGGCGCAGGUGUCCAAAGUGAGCUCGUUGCUGGAGCUUGCCACCCAGUCGGAGAAUGCUCUCGCGCAGCAGGUUGGCUCUCUUAGCGCACGCUUGCAGGAAGCCGACAAGAACAAGGUGGAUGCAGAAUCUUACAAACUUCAGAACGAUGAAUUAAACUGCAAAAUAAAGAAAUUGAAUGAUGAUUUGUCUUCUAGAGAGCAAAAGAUCAAGGAAUAUGACGACGAGGUAACAGAACUCAAGAGCAGACUUGUGGAACUUGAAGGUUUAAAAGUACAGGCUGAAAAUUAUGAAGCGAAAAUAAAGAAUUUAAGCUCCGAGACAAAAGAGUUACUAAAAUACAAGGAUAAGGCAUUGGCGUUGCAGAAUGAAAUAGAUUUACUCCAGGGAAAUUUAAAUGAAUUGUCGCGAAUGUUCCCUGAUGCAGAGGCGUUGGUUCCAUCCGAGCAUCACGUAUCCAAGCGUGAGGCAGUGGAAUCAUUUUUUACCGUGGACAAACUUGAGCAACUGAGAGUAAAACUGGGAGUUGUUUUAAAGCAGAGGGAGGAGGAUCGUUGCUUGCACCAAGCGGAGGUAGCGAGGUUGAACGAGCAGAUAGCUGCGAACGCGCAGGUGGCUGAGAGACAAGCGGCCGAGUGGGAAGAGAGGAUUGCCUUCUACCGAGACCGGCUGGAGAGCCUGAGUGGCCAGGUGUGUGCGGUAGAGGAGCAGCAGAGGACCGAGGUGUCGCGACUGCAGGACGCGCAUCGCACCGAGGUGGAGCGUUUGAAGUCGUCCCUCGACCAGGAGGUAGCCGCCCUCAAGGCGGAACUGGCGGCCCAGAAGGCGCACCAUGCCAAAGAACUCGAACAACACCAGGCCGCUUUCAACGUGGAAUUGUCCCGGCUGAAGGAGGCCCACGACUUGAAGUUGGUGGAGCUGGAUGAAACUUACAAGUCGCAAAGUGCUGUACAGGUGCAGGAACUCGGGUCGCCUGAAGAGAAGACGGGAGAACAGCCAGGAGAGGUAGAGGCAAAAGGUGGGGAGUUGUCGGGGCCGCACUGGAGCGAGCUGGAGUUGUGCCGACAGCAGAUAGCGGUCCUGAAGGGGCGGCUGGAGGAGGCCAGCGCCGCACAGCAAGAGCACAUCGCGACGGUGGCUGCCUGCCAGUUGCAGGUGGAGAGCUACAAGCAACAGGUGGAGCUGCUGGACGGCCGCUGCGAGGACGAGCUGGCGGCAAGACAGACGGAGUUGGACGAGCUCCGGGGCAAGAUACAAAGUAUGACAGACGGUGAGAAGGGCCUAAGGGAACACUUGUUGGCAGCACAAGCACAGAUACAAGAGCUGCAGAACUCACGUAUUAUCACAGUGACUGAAGUUACAAACGAUAUCGAACAGCAGAAGGGGCAGUUGGGUGUUAAGGAAGAAGAGUUGGCGAGAGUGCACAGUCAGCUACAGGAGAAAACAGACUGUGAGAAGGGCCUGAGGGAACACUUGUUUGCAGCACAAGCGCAGAUACAAGAGCUGCAGAACUCACAUAAGAGCACAGUGGCUGAAGUGAUGAACGAUCUUGAACAGCUGAAGGGGCAGUUGAGUGUUAGGGACGAAGAGUUGAUGAGUCUGCGCAGUCAGCUACAAGAGAAAACAGACUGUGAGAAGGGCUUGAGGGAACAGAUACUGACUGCAGAAGCACAGAUUCGAAAUUUGCAAGAGUCACGAGAGAGCACAAUGGCUGAAGUGACGAACCAACUAGAACUUUUGAAGGGGCAGUUGGGUUUGAGGAAUGAAGAGUUGGCAAGUUUGCACAAUCAGCUACAAGAGAAAACAGACUGUGAGAAGGCUUUGAGGGAACAGAUACUGACUGCAGAAGCACAGAUUCGAGAGUUGCGAGAGUCACGAGAGAGCACUGUGGCUGAAGUGACGAACCAAGUAGAACAACUGAAGGGGCAGCUGGCUGUUAGGGACGAAGAGUUGACGAGUCUGCGUAGUCAGCUACAGGAGAAAACGGACUGUGAGAAGGGCCUGAGGGAACAGAUAAUGACUGCAGAAGCACAGAUUCUAGAGUUGCGAGAGUCACGAGAGAAUACAGUGGCUGAAGUGACGAAGCAGCUUGAACAGCUGAAGGGGCAGUUGGGUGUUAGGGACGGAGAGUUGACGAGUCUGCGCAUUCAGCUACAGGAGAAAACAGACUGUGAGAAGGGCCUGAGGGAACAGAUAUUGACUGCAGAAGCACAGAUUCGAGAGUUGCGAGAGUCACGAGAGAGCACAGUGGCUGAAGUGACAAACCAAGUAGAACAACUGAAGGGGCAGUUGGCUGUUAAGGACGAAGAGUUGGUGUGUCUUCGCAUUAAGUUACAGGAGAAAACAGACUGUGAGAAGGGCCUGAGGGAACAGAUGAUGACUGCAGAAGCACAGAUUCUAGAGUUGCGAGAGUCACGAGACAGCACAGUGGCUGAAGUGACGAACCAACUAGAACAGCUGAAGGGGCAGUUGGGUUUGAGGAAUGAAGCGUUGGCAAGUUUGCACGAUCAGCUACAAGAGAAAACAGACUGUGAGAAGGGCCUGAGGGAACAGAUAAUGACUGCAGAAGCACAGAUUCGAGAUUUGCAAGAGUCACGAGAGAGCACAGUGGCUGAAGUGACAAACCAAGUAGAACAGCUGAAGGAGCAGUUGGCUGUUAGGGAAGAAGAGUUGGCGUGUCUGCGCAGUGACGAUGGAGCAAAGGAAGUGAACGAGGGAAAGACGAGGGGAGGUCGGUUGACGGCAGACCCGGCCGGACAGCAGGCGGACGAAGGGGAGCCCCGGGGUGACGCGGCAGACCUGCAGGAGGCGGCGGUGCAGUGCCUGAAGAUGGGCGGCCUCCUGGCGGGCAAGGACGAGCUACACCUGGCCCUCACCGAGCGCGUCGCCCGGCUGGAGCGCGACCUGGAGACGUCCCGCCGUGACAACUCCCAGUUGACGCUGAAGGUGGUGAAGGCGAAGGAGCUGCUGAAGAGGCUGAAGGACGAGAAGAACAAGGCGUCGGCCAGGAGCGCGGACCUGGAGGCGGAGUGUGAGAGACUGCGGGGGGAGGGGGUGGAACUGGGUGCGCAGCUGGAGUCUGCGAAGUCAGAGCGGGACAGAGAAGUGAAGGAGUUGCUGGCGAGGCUGGACGAGAGUGAGGAGACUCGUGUGUCGCUAGUGGCACAGCUGAGCGUGCAGACCAAGGAGGCGGGGUUGUUGAGAGAGCGACUGCGACUCGCAGAGCGCCGGUGCGAGGCGGCGCUGGCGGCCAGGGAUGAGUACGAGCGGGAGGUGCAGGAGACGUGGCAGGUGCGGAAGGACGCCGAGGACGAGCUCGUAGAGCCGAAGGCAGACCCGGGUGUUGCGAGGCCGGAGAUGGAGGCGACCCAGACCCCGGGCGAGGAGAGACUGCCGAGCUGGGAUGAGGUGCUGUCUGACUACCAGAGGGAAGUGCUGGGACAGCUGGCAGUGCGUUGCGAGCAGCAUGCAGGUUUGGGGGACCUGCUGGGGUCCUCUGGGAUACUCCAGGAGACCAUGUUCCAGCAGAAGCAGCAGCUACUCCAAAGGCUACAGGGCGCAGAGCACGGACAGAGUGUGUCUGCCAUGUCGGGCUGCGACGACAUCCUGGCUGCCGUGGAGCACUCUCUGCGCCGACAGCACGUCGCUGCCCUGCAGGCGGUGGCUCGCGCGUGGCGUGACCGGUACGAGUCGGAGCUGGCUGCUGUCGUGUUGGCGCUGGAGGAGACGGCGCGCAGCAGCCGGAAGUCCGACGCCGCUACCAACUGUCAGAUCGAGGUGGAGACGUUGCUCGCAGCACAAGAGCGGUUGCUGUCUGCCCUGGAAGAUGUGCAGGAGCGGUUGCGUGGGUUCCACCACGGCGCGGUGGCACGUCUGCGGGAGGAGAUGCAGGCGGAGCACGGCCGUGUGCUGCAGCAGCUGCAGCAGAUGAGGGCCGCAGUGUCCAGCCUCCGGUCGCCGGACGACUCCUCCAGGGAGGGCGUGCUCGGCACGGACGCGGGACAGCUGCGCAGGGAGCUGGAGCAGAAGCACACCCGGGAGAUGGAAGAGCUGCGACGCUACUUCGAGCAGAAGUGCGCUGACGUGGAGAAGAGGUACGCGGAGGAAGUGUUCAGCCAGCACGGCCGCAAGCUGUCGGCCAGCAGCGCGGGCUCCGGCGAGGAGCUGGCCGUGGACCUGUGCCUCGCGGGCGGGGACCACCAGGGCCGGAGGGUGCCCGCCCUCACGCACAUCUGCGACUCCUACUCCGUCGAGCCCGGCUACAAGGACCUGGAGGAGCACUGCAGAGCGGACUACGAGCGACGGCUGCUGGAGUCCCGCGACCACCUCAAGAGCAAGCACUCCAGCGAGUUGGCAGCUCUGCACGACCACUACCAGCAGCUGCUGCUGCAGCACCAGCCUCUGCGGAUGAGUGCGGGGCCUGUCGAACCAGAGGGCGCCUCGGAACAGCAGCCCGGGAACAAGCCAGGCGCGGAGGAACACUUCGUGGAGAGCGUCAUCGACAAACUGGCGUGCAUCACCGUUGACGCUGCCCUCAGCAAGGUGUGCACGGAGCCGUGGCCACGAGGGGAGGAGAGGUGUGCAGAGACGGCGGAUGCGUCCUCGCAAGUGCCUCACGCGGCCGAGGGCACCCCCGAGGCACGGCAGCGCACGGACGGUGGUCAGGAGGACAGCUUCGCCUCGCUGCUGGGGAGCCUGAGACGUGCUUCUGGAUCAGCUGUGACAGGUUGCUUGGACCGCCUGGAAGCCGCGCACGAGGAAGAGCUGAGAGCCGCGCGGUCGGCCGUGCUGGAGCAGGCCGGUAUGUUAGAAGUGGAGCAUGUGGCGUGCCAGCAGCGACUGCAUGAACAGGUGGAACAAGCCAGGUGUGACGUGGUGGCCACCCUGCAUCACCACCUCCAGGCUCUCCUCUCCGAGUCGGGGCCCAUCCCGCAAGAGUUGGCGGCCCUGCAGGAGAGGUUCGCGGGUCCGCUGCUGCGCGAAGUGGACAGGUUGAAGCAGGAGUUGGCUGCCUUGAACACUCUGCAACAGAAGGAUCAGCUGACGUUCUCGUGUCAGCAAAGCUCUUUGGUGGAGCUCGACUCCGGUGGGUCUCUGGAGGGCCUCAUCAGGGAGAGGGACGAGCUGCAGCAGGCACUGGUCGUGCUGCGCUGCGUGGUGCGAGAGCUGCUGGACUACUGCGCGCGCUGCGAGGAGGAGCUGAACGGCACGCUGGUGGAGGAGCUGAGCCCCACGGACCGCGUGCACCUCUCCCCCGACACGACCGCGCUGGCCAGCCUGGUGCGCGACCACUCCCUGCCCUCGGACUCCUCGCACGUCUCCAUGAGCCUGCGUGGGGAGCUGGACAGAUGCCUAGCUCGCCUGCACGCGGAGGCGUCAUCCGUGCUGGCCCUGUCCCGGGGGCUGACGAGGGGCAAGGAGCUGGUGGGGGAGGGACUGUGCGAACUAGCUACCCCGCGCAGACCGCCCCCCAACGACCCAGCGCACUCCCUGCUCUACGCGCGGCGGUCCAUGUCCGAGCCCUCCUCCCCCCCCUCCAAGCUGCUGGACGAGGCCCAGCGGGAGCGAGACCGGCUCCUGGAGGAGGCUCGCCGCGACAAGGAAGACUUGCGUCUCCAGGUGAGGGUAGACCCUUCUCUUGGGGCCUCUUGCAAGCUGCAGGUGGAGGCGGCAGACAAGCAGCUUCGUGCCACGCGCUUGUUCCUGGAGGAGCAGGCGGCGGAGCGCGAGCAGGAGAGGGAAGAGUCCGUGCGCGAGGCGGCCGUGCUGAGGGCACAGCUGCGCGACAGGGAGCGCGACCGUGCCGAGCACCGGCGCCUGCUCAAGGAGGUGGAUGGUCUGGACCUACAGCUGAAGGAGUCUGCGACACAGCUGGCCCAGAGCGAGGCAGACAGAGCCCGGCUUCAGGCCGACCUGGACUCUGCGGCCGAGAAGAUAUCAACCUUGCGUGAGAUAAUAGUCGAACUGGAGGUGGCUGUGGAAAACAGAAGUGCGAAUGAAAAGAACUUGAAGCAGCGGUUGGCAGAUCUGGAAUGCCUUCUUCAUCAGCAGGACGAGAGCCAUCGCCAACAGUUUUCCGAACUGGAGAGCCUGCGCGAGGAGGCGGGCCCCGCGCACCUGGCCGCGCACGUCUCCGCGCUGGAGGAGCAGCUGCGCCGGCACCGCCUGCACGUGGAGCAGUUCGAGUCGGGCUCGGGCGCCGUGCGCCGCAUGAGGUCGCAGAUCCGGGAGCUGGAGGCGGCCGUGGGCAGGAAGACGCGCGAGCUGGAGUCCGUGCACUGCGUGGUGCCGUGCGACGCCAGCCCGGCCGGCUCCCCGCUCUCCGAGGACGUGUCCAUCAGGGAGCAGCUAGACGUGAUGCGCUGCUGCUCGCCCGACCGCGGCCUCACGGAGACCCCGUCCCCCGUGCCCCUGCCCCUGGAGGACUUCCAGAGACUGCAGGAGAAGGUGGAGCGGCUGUGCCGUGCCGAGGAGGCAGCGCUCAAGAGGAUCGCGGACUUGGAGAUGGAGCUGCGAGGCGUGCGCCGCAGGGAGGAGGAGGUGUCCGCGGAGAGGGACGUGCUGCUACUGCAGACGGAGGAGCAGCUGCUCAGGACCUCGGCGCUGCAGGCGCGCCUGGACGACCAGCGCCGCGCUGUGGACUCGGCCCGCCGGCAGGCCGAGGGCGAGCUGCGCGCGGAGCUGCAGGACCGCACGGACGAGAUGCACUCCCUGCGCGACGCCUGCGACGCCAGCCGCAAGGAGGUGGAGGAGGUGCGGGGUCUGCUGGACCAGGCGCGGCGUCAGGCGGCGGUGCAGGAGGCCGAGGCGGUGUCCCUGGCCGAGCGGCUGGCGUCCCGGGACGACGCGGGAGACCGACACUCCUCGCACGCGCAGGACCUGGACGCGGGGCUGGGCGUGAUGGGGGCGUUGCUGGCGGACGCCCGCGAGGAGCUCCGCGCCGCGCAGGGGGACGUGUCUCGCCUCGGCGCGGAGCGCGCCCGGCUGCGCGCGCUGCUGGACUGCCACCGGAGCCUGGACCUCAGCGCGCGGCAGCAAGCACGCCUCUCUGCCCUGUUGCAGAGAGCUGCCGAGACCGAGCCGGGAGACCCACGAGACACACACUUCUCGGAGGAGGUCUUCAGGGAGGCUGCGGAGACAUCUCUGUCCUAUUCGCUUCUCCCCUCACAGGAGCAGACAGCUGUGUCACAUCCAGACGUGCCGGACCACACGACGGACCGAGACCAGCCGUCGAAGGAACUGGACGAUGCACGCACUGCACUGGAAAGUGUCCAGCGCCAGAACGCAGAGCUCUCUCGGCAGGUUGAAGACUUGCUCGCGUGCCGUGCUGCGCUGGAGGACUCGAAGGCCGAGAACUCGUCGCUGGCGGAACGAGCGGAAGCCCUCGGGGCCGAGUGCUCGGCGUUGCGACAGGACAAACUGGACCUCGAGCAGCGGGUUGAGUGUUUGACCGCGCAGUGUUCGCGUGUGGACGGACUGCAGCGGGAACGGCUUUCUCUGCUGGAAGAGGUCGAAGCCCUGAAGAAGCGGUGCUCCACAGAGGAGACCUUGCGGCAGGAAAAGGUCGCUUUGGCCGCACGAUGCGACGAACUACAGAGGACGUGUGGUGCUCUGGAGGCCGUGCAAGUCGAGAAUGCAUCGCUGGCCGCAGAGCUGGCACUCCUUAAACAAGAGUGCUCUACCUUAAAGAAGAUCCAAGAUGAGAAUCACAAACUGUCGCAACAACUUGAGAUUUUCCAAGCCGAAUGUUCGACGUUAAGAACUGUGCAGCAGGAGAAAGUCUCCCUCGCUGAAAAGGUAAACGAACUAGAGUCGAAGUGCUUGCAGCUGGAAGGUGUUCGGGAAGAAAACAAAUCCCAGGCACAGAAAAUCGUAGAAUUGCAAACGCUGUGCUCUUUAGCAAACAGCUUGCGAGACGAGAACGCUGCCCUCUCCCAGACGAACGCAGAACAGCUACGGGAGAACUCGCGGCUUCUGCAAGAGAUCAAGAAUCUGGGAGAGCGGAGCUCUGUUGCCGAGAGCGUGCGGCGGGAGAACUCGUCUCUGAUCGGCCGGAUACGGGAGCUGGAGGCGCGGUGCUCCGCCGUGGGCAGCCUCCAGGAGGAAAGGGACGCCCUCUCGCGGAGAGUGAGAGUCCUGGAGGACGAGUGCGGGGUCGCGAAGGACGCGCAGCGUGGGAGGGUCGAGGCGUUGGAGAGCGUGCUCCUGGAGAAGACCGCGCUCGCCGCAGAGAUGGAGGCACGGUUUGCGGACGUGCUAGAGGAGAACGCAGCCCUGUCCCGGCGGGUCCAAGAGCUGGAGGCACAGUGCGCGCUCUUGCAGGGAUCACGUCGAGACGACGAUGGGCAGGCAUUGUCGUCAGCUCAUUUGGAACUGGAACAGAUCAUUGUUAAACUGCAAGAAGAGAAUAGAGUUCUGCGAAAUGCUUAUGUAAAGGAUUUGCAAGAAUCUGAAGAGAAGCAAGGGUCCCUGGACGAGCUGAGCCAGCAGCUCCAGCGGGAGCUGGACGAGUCGGAGAAGCUGGACAACAGUCUGCUGGGCACCCUGUCGCCCUCCGACACGGACCCGCCGGCCGGGGGAGCGCUGGAGCCGGCCCACGACGCCCUCCUGCGCAAGGUCCUGGCCGCCGGUUUCCCCGUGCUGACACUGUCUGAGCUGUCCGUGGUGCACCAGCUCGUGUGUGAAGCCAGCACGGCCGCGGGUCACGGCAUGCCGUGCGAUACCGACACCGGCAGCACAGCGGCCCGGAUGGACUCCCUGCGCUCCGCCCUGGACGGGGAGCGUGCUCGCGCCUCGCAGCUGGCCGGCCACGUCAGGCUCCAGGCGCAGAUGUUGGCGGACCUGCAAGUGCAGCAGGCCAGCGUGCAGGGUAGCAUCGCCCGCUACAUAGAGCUGCUGGAGACGGAGAGGGGCCGGUCGCUGUGCCUGGAGGGGAAGCUGGCGAGCGAGCGUGCCUCCGCCCGGCAGCUGACGGCCGCUCUCGAGGCGGAGAGGCAGAAGAUGCGCUCCGUGCGGAUACAGGACUGCAGUCUACUGGAGUCGAUGAGGCGGCAGCUGGACGUGGCCUUGGAGAACGAGGAGAAGCUGCAGCGACAGCUGCAGCUGGCGUGCAGCGAGAAGAAGGCAGCCUCGCAGGGCGCACGCGAGCGCGGGCAGCAGUCGCCGGUAGCGGAGGCUGUCGUCUCGGCGGGCAGCGACAGCGACGGAGAUGCCGAGCUGCGAGAGAGGGUGCUGGCCCUCAAGGAGAGGCUGCAGGAGGGGAUUGAGGGUGGGCCUGAUCCCGAGUGCGUGCUCCAGGGCGCACGCGAGCGCGGGCAGCAGUCGCCGGUAGCGGAGGCUGUCGUCUCGGCGGGCAGCGACAGCGACGGAGAUGCCGAGCUGCGAGAGAGGGUGCUGGCCCUCAAGGAGAGGCUGCAGGAGGGGAUUGAGGGUGGGCCUGAUCCCGAGUGCGUGCUCCAGGGCGCACGCGAGCGCGGGCAGCAGUCGCCGGUAGCGGAGGCUGUCGUCUCGGCGGGCAGCGACAGCGACGGAGAUGCCGAGCUGCGAGAGAGGGUGCUGGCCCUCAAGGAGAGGCUGCAGGAGGGGAUUGAGGGUGGGCCUGAUCCCGAGUGCGUGCUCCAGGGCGCACGCGAGCGCGGGCAGCAGUCGCCGGUAGCGGAGGCUGUCGUCUCGGCGGGCAGCGACAGCGACGGAGAUGCCGAGCUGCGAGAGAGGGUGCUGGCCCUCAAGGAGAGGCUGCAGGAGGGGAUUGAGGGUGGGCCUGAUCCUGAGUGCGUGCUCCAGGGCGCACGCGAGCGCGGGCAGCAGUCGCCGGUAGCGGAGGCUGUCGUCUCGGCGGGCAGCGACAGCGACGGAGAUGCCGAGCUGCGAGAGAGGGUGCUGGCCCUCAAGGAGAGGCUGCAGGAGAUGUCCUCAGCUCAGCACAUCGACACCCUCGAGGAGCGGCUGGCCCCCCUGCGCCAGCGAGAGCAGCAGCUGCUGGAGGAGCUGGGAGACGCCCGGCGCCAGGCGCAGGACUUGCGCACGGCGCUGGUGGUGCGGGAGCAGCGUCUCGCCGCGGCCAGGGACCAGCUGACCGCUCUGUCCCGGGAGCUGUCUGCCAGUCGCUCCCGGGAGGCCGAGCUGGAGCGCAGGCUCACUCCCGAGGGUCUGGAGGCAUCCGAGGCCGUCAAGGGAGGCGCGGCAAGUGCAGCGAACGGCGUUGACUGCCGGGACGUGGAGUGGCUGCAAGAACAGAUAAAGGUGCUUCGAGAAAACGAAAAGGUGAACCGCGCCGCCUGGUUGCAGCAGAAGGCAGCCCUGGAAGAUGCGCUGGAGGCUCGUGAACACCAGCGCGUCACCGGAGACAGGCUCCUGCGGUCCGGCUGCGACAUCGAGGAGCGGAUGACGCACCUGUUCGGCAAGUACCUGCGCGUCGAGAGCUACAGGAAGUCGCUGGUGUGGCAGAAGAGGUACCUGCUGGUGGCUCUGAGUGGGUACCGGGACCACGAGGCGGCCACGCUCGGCCGGCUGGCAGUGCUGGCCGGCCGCACGCCUGUGCGCCCUCACCCCUCGCCCAGGACCAGGUUCAGGGUGGCGGUAGUGGCGGUGAUGGCGAUACAGCGCAUGCGCUACCUGGUGCGUCGCUGGAGACACGGUCGUCGAGUGGGCAGGAGCGCCAUCGUCGGCCGGCCGUGCUGCGAGUGUGUCGCCCCGGAAACACACCCUUCUUGCCGUCUGCCGCAGUCGCCGCCGAGCCGGGACGAGGGGACUCCCUGGCACAGCUCCGGGCCUCACCGGCCGUGGAGGCUGGGUGAGGACGGCCGUGUGACGCUGCUGGAGCCAGGCACGGGCGCGCAGUUCGCAGCGCGCAGCGACCUCAUCCAGCGCCGGCUGGGACUGGCCGCGGCCUCCACCUGAUGUCGCGCCCGUGCCCAGGGUUAAAACACUACGUCACAACACAGGCCUGAUCUCGAAAUGGUGGAUCUUCACCAUUGUGCUGCUAUGAAGAAACUGGGUGUAGUUGCAUAUUGGAUAGCGCAUACUAUUGUCUCUUCAGAGUCAAAUAAGACAUACUGGUUGUGUGAAGAGUAAAUAGUCUUGUGUUAUUGCCAUUGCUUGCAGGAAUGCACUAGUUAAAAACCUGCUUGCCAUAUGUACCUACUUUUGUGUUGUAUGCCAUAUUUAUUUGUACUCAUGAGUUUUUAAAAAUGAAGCAGUUUAUUUUAAUGUGGUGUAACUUGGUUUUAGCUAUUAUUAUACUUGAGCAAUUAUUGUCAAUUAUUUUAAACUGCAUUUACAUGUAUAUAUAAUUGUAUACUUUGCAAUAGUUAUGUUAUAUGAAGUGUUUUAGGAACUGACCAAAUAAUAAUUUAAUGGUGCAAUAUUUUACGGUUGCUUGUUAGUUAGUCUUCAAUUGUUAAUGAGAAGAGUCUAGUAUUUUUAUACAAGUUGUUAGUGUGUGUGUGUGUGUGUGUGUGUGUGUGAGAACACGCUGUUUUUGUUACCAAGUGUGGAAUGUCUGUGUGUGAGUCACUCGCGUACCUCCAGGGCCUGAAGGUGGCCAGGGGCGAGUCUACUUUCGUCGAAUACUACUAGAACCCAAGUGAGUCGUGUGGUUGAAAAUUUAGGUGAUUUUUUUUUUUAUUUCCCCCACGUCCUCACUCUCUUGGGUGCUAUUCUGCCUGUAAAUAAGGAAACACAGCCGUUACCUCGUUGAUUCCCAGCGGACUGCGCUGGAACCCAAACGAGCUGGGUGACGGUACACAUUUUGCUGUGGCGUUCUACUGUUUGGUGCUAUGUUGGAGUCGCUGUUGGUACGUUUGUGGAGUUAGACUACAGUACAAUUUGUGUUGUUUGUGUAGCAAGUGUUAUUAAUGCCUGAUGUACAAAAAAAUACUGAUAAUAGGUUUGAUUAGAUUUAAGAAGAACUUGUGUGAUGUUGGUGAGGGGAAUAAAAGAAAUUCAAAUAAGAUAGCUAGGUGAUGAGGUACACACCUCAUAUGUAAUAUUAACAGUGGAAGAUAAUAGGAGUUACUGGCUCAAAGAGAUUUAGUUUUAAUAUACGCACAUAUGUACAAUGUAGAGUUGCUUGGCUUCUGGGUUGUAGACGUGUCGAAGGUUAGGUAUCACCGUCGUUUCGGUCGACAUUGCGGUCGCCAACUUCAGAGAGCAGUUACCUACUGUGUCGGCUUGAAUUUUUUUUUUUUAACUUUGACCAAUCUAUAAAAAUUAUUAUGCAAUUUCCAAAAUCCCUGAAAUAUAUUUUUUUCAAAUAAUGAUUCUGUUACUUCUCUGCUUAUGCACACUUGGCUAAACACUGUGCCACUUGGAAAUGUGCUCAGUAGGUAACUGCUCCCUGAAGAUGGUUACCGCAACGUUGACGGAAACAUCGGUUAUAUCUUCGCCUUCGACGCGGCUACAACCGAGAAGCCAAGCAACCCCAGACAAUGGCGGAGAAAGCCUGCGAUCUUCAUUAAUUACAAUGUACCAAAAUGUAAACAUAAAACUUACAUUUGUUUGAAUUGCUGAUGUUUGUAACUAGAUGUGCAAAGUGAUUGUGGUAUGGCUCCAGCGAGUAGCUGAUGACACUGUGGCAGUCACCACAGCCAAUAAGUGGUUGUGGUUGGAAGUGUACUAGGUACCUUCCUUUCCUUCUUUCUGACAAGUCUUGAUGUGCAAAUUAAUGAUAAUUUUACUUUUAACUGAAUCAAACAUGUAUUGAUUUUUGUUUUAAUUAUAAAUUCAAUACACCCAAUAUGUAUGUUCUUUGUAAACCAAGCUCCAUUUGUUUAAGCGGUUGGGAUUUUUUAACUCCCUCAGUAAUGUGCCAUGUUGAAUGAGCUCCUUUUUUGCAUGUUUGUGACAUGGGUGUGAUUUAAGCCAAAUUAAAAUUAGAUACAUAAUA